GAGCCGCUUGCGAGAACAAAAAGUUGCCCGCCAUUUUCUAGACAAUUUGGAAAAUAAGAAAACAAUACAUCUGGAAAUGUGGACAAGUUCGCUUCUUCCGAUAUUGGCCUGUGUUUGGGCGCUGUGUGCCAGUCUCGCCCAACCAACUUCUGCUCUCUCGAUCGACUCGUUGCACGGCACAACCCUAGACAGCUUCUCACGGCUGUCGUCUGACUUCGGCAACCAAGUUUUCUUCAACCUCGGUCAUCCCCUGCAAGACACGACGUCGCUGAGCAGCAGUCCACUACACGGAAUCUCCCUGACUGGCCAUAAACUUCACGACACAUCAUUCCCCAUCUUUCCAUCUUCGAAGACUUCACUUAUUCACGGGUCACGCGACCAUGACGAGAAAGACGACCUGCCAGACGCUCGUCGCGCCGGACGUCUGGCACUGCAGCUGAACCGCCUUGCACUCGUCGACAAGGAGGAGCACGAUAACUAUAUCGCCGCGGGGGCGAGCGGCGGGACAAAGUUCCCAGUACACCUAAAGGGCGCCGCUCUACACACGAAGCUGCCUCCUGCACAUGCAUUGGGAGGAUCCUUCUCUUCAGUGCAUCACGAUCUGGGCUCCGGAUUUGACAUAGACGCGGACGAUGCUGGGUUCGGCGCUGCAGGUUGGCAUUAGCGGCGUUGUCCCGUGCAGCUGGCGAGGAAUCGGAGGCAUCUCAGGAAACGAUUCGCUAGUCCUCUGCAGCUGACAAAUUUGCCUGAAAAAGUCCACUGGAAAACUUUAAUUAUUUCCUGUAAACUUUGCAAACGAAAUACUGACCCGGGAAAGCUUUAUAGCAAGCUACGACCGAAAGUGAGAAGUUGAAACAAAUGAACUAAGUUUGAUUAUUUUUCGGUUCCUUACAGCUUUUAGGUUUGAGAGUCUAUUGACUAUGCAUAAAAAAUACUUCAUUCUUCAAUUACAAGUAAAUUAGGUUUUACAGAAGCGUUCAUGCAAGAAAUAUCCUAUUAAGAUUAAUUUAAACAUGAAAAAUUACCAUACAAUUAGCUUAUUUGUUCAUGGGAGAAGAGUUUUUUGUCUCACGACUUUAUAUUUAGUUACCGCCUCGUAGGUUAUGUUAGUUUCCGUGCUGGUAUUGUCAUGCAGGAUCUAGAGCAAUAUUUACCGCGCAUACCUCGCGGAGUUGCAAAAAAAAAAGAAAAAAAAUAGUUAUCUGGUAAGCGAAAACAAGUCGCCAACAGCAUUGGAAAGGCCACGCGGCUGAAAUUUUGAUGUUAUGCCAUCUCUAUUCUAGCACAAUCGUAAAGCCAUGCUAAUUUUAUUGCAUUUUCAAAUGUUUAUGCAUGCUAAUUAUCUUAAUUUAUCGAAAGUUGAAGGCGAAAUAAUUGAAAGUACUUUUAAUGAAUUCUUCAUAGAUAUCGAAGAUUUAUAACCACAAAUUCUAACACGCCCAAAGUAAGAACCAGGAUAAGAGGCUGCGCAUUAACAACGUCUGAAGGCAGAACCAGGAUAAGAGGCUGCGCAUUAACAACGUCUGAAGGCAGAACCAGGAUAAGAGGCUACGCAUUAACAACGCCUGAAGGCAGAACCAGGAUAAGAGGCUACGCAUUAACAACGUCUGAAGGUAGAACCAGGAUAAGAGGCUGUGCAU